CUUCCGGUUAGCGACAACCGCCGCGACCGUCCGCGCCGGCCGUCCACCCGGUGAGCGCCUCCCGGUCCUCGCAGCUCGGGCUCUCCGCCGUGGGCGCCCCCCCCGUCCGCCUUGGAUCAUGUUCAAGAAAUUCGACGAGAAGGAAAACGUGUCCAACUGCAUCCAGUUGAAGACGUCGGUCAUCAAGGGCAUUAAGAACCAGCUGAUAGAGCAGUUCCCGGGCAUCGAGCCGUGGCUCAACCAGAUCCUGCCCAAGAAGGACCCGGUGAAGAUCGUGCGCUGCCACGAGCACAUCGAGAUCCUCACGGUGAACGGCGAGCUCCUGUUCUUCAGGCAGAGGGAGGGGCCCUUCUACCCGACGCUGCGGCUGCUGCACAAGUACCCGUUCAUCCUGCCGCACCAGCAGGUGGACAAGGGCGCCAUCAAGUUCGUGCUCAGCGGGGCCAACAUCAUGUGCCCCGGCCUGACCUCGCCCGGCGCGCAGCUCUACCCCGCCGCCGUCGACACGGUCGUGGCCAUCAUGGCGGAGGGCAAGCAGCACGCGCUGUGCGUCGGGGUCAUGCGCAUGUCGGCGGAGGACAUCGAGAAGGUCAACAAGGGCAUCGGCAUCGAGAACAUCCACUACCUCAACGACGGGCUGUGGCACAUGAAGACGUACAAGUGAGCGCGGGCAGCGGCGCCCGGGGAGCGCCCGGAGAGCUGGACCCGUGUGUGUGCGCACGUGGGGGGGUGUGUAUGUGUGUGUGUCUCGUGCGACCGCGAGGAGGCCCGCACGCCCCGCGCCCAAGGGGGCAGCAGUCCGGCAGAUGCUGAACGAAGCAAAACAAACAACAACAACAACAACAAAAACCCAACACGAAGUAAAAGAUUUGGAAGGAGUGCGGCUGUCUGUAUCCGUGUCAUUGCACGCGUGUGCGUCAGUGGGUGUCCUUUUUAGUUUUUUCUUUCUUAAAAGAUUUUACUUAUUCAGUAGAGACACAGAGAGACACAGAGAGGCAGAGACACAGGCAGCGGGAGGAGCAGGCUCCCUGCGGGGGGCCCGACGUGGGACUCGAUCCCGGGGUCACGCCCUGGGCUGCAGGUGGUGUUAAACCACUGAGCCCUCAGGUGCCCCCCCCCUCCCGUGCAAGGGUGUUGGAGGAGGGGAGCUCUGUGGACGGGCGCCGCUGCCUCUGCCGACGUGCGUGUGGCUGCACACGCAGGUGGUCUAUCUGCGGUGGGAAGACACAUGUCAAAGUGCAGAGCGUGCAGUUGGGAGACACGCGGCAGGGGUGAGGGAGAAGCGGAAUGAGCGGGCACUAAUACUGACCAUUCUGUUGAUACCAAUCCUACUGAGCUGCUCUGCCAACAUGACGUUGGAAGGGCAAGCAGAAAAUCUAGUAAAAAGUGUCCCGCAGGCACGAGUGAUGGUCUGCCCCACAAGCCACAUCUCCCCUCUUGCAGGCAGAAUUUGGCCCAUCCUUGUUCUACAUGGACCCGGAAAAUUCUGAUGAGGCCAGGCUCACCUCCGUGCUCUGUUUCCCAGUAAGACUUAGGCGUUUAUAGGACCUAGUAGGAUCCUCCUAUAUCAGAAUCCCUAGGAAAAUGGGGAUCUUCCUGCCCAUGAUUUUGAGUUGUUUAUAUAGGUGGCUUUGUGAGCUGUGUUAGGAUAGGGCUGCUUGAGGAUGUCUGGAAAAGAUGAUUGGGGUCUCCGAGGAAGAUGCAUGGGGAGAAGUGGUCUCCCUGCGAUGGGGGACGUUGGCGUGUGUGGUUUUGUUCUUGCCGCACACAUGCACACGCACGCACCCAAGACCUUGCUGGGCAUAGAAUCUGAGCAUGCUAAAAUUGAACAUGGAGAGCAACAGUGCCCUUGUUGUAUGAGCUGAUGGUUAAUUGACUGUGGAGACUCCAUAUAUACCAGGACACUUUAUUAAGGGGCGUGGCAAAUUUAUGUGAGCUAAUACAUUUUCUUAUAAGUGACUUCUUCUGGACUUGAGUUUCCUGAAAUUUAAAGCCACAGUUCUCUUCAUGUGUAAUGGAAUGGCAUCGUAGACCUACCCAAUUGAGAAAUUACAUAAAAAAGGGUAAAAUAGGUGAACCAAAGGCUUGGUGAUUUUGCCAUGAUUGGUUUCGGUGUUACUUAUAUGAAUACAAGAUAAAUUGCUGUAGAUUUAGAGGUGAAUGGAAAGGCAAAAGUAAAAUGUGGAAAUUUAGACUUCAUGUUAUUCCUCACACAAGUUUGGUUGUGAAUGAAAAGAUACUGGGGGCAAGCUAGAGGAAAGUUCUAGUCAAGGUAUUUUGUUUUGGAGUCUAGAUCACUUUGCUGUUAUUUUUAUUGUUGCAGGUUGUUAGUGGGAUAUCUAGUAUGUCUGCGUGUUGGGAAAGAUUCACUAAGCGGGAGUGCUUGAUGGGGAUAUAAUCAGUGGAAUAGAAAAGCAGGAAGGGAUACUCUAGAAGUUCUAGAGAGGUGGAGGGACUGACCUGCCCUCGUAAAUCUGCACCUUUGGAUUCUGUCCCUUUGCCCCAGAGUUGUCAUGGAACGACUCAAACUCUCCUCAUUAGAACACUAUUUUUUCCUCAAAGGGUUAGGGGUUUUGCCCCGUUUAAUUGUCUUCUGCAAUCAACACCACUCUAGCCAUUGGUGGACACCUGUGGAGGACCGUAAGCAUCUCAUGACAGUAUUCUGGAGCGUCAGUGACUGAUGAACACUGAUGGAGACACUGAAGGUAAGCCACCCUACAGUUCUUCUCUCACCGUGUCCCCACCAGCUCACUCCACCAAACGUUGAAAGAGGACCCUCCGAAUCUACAUUAAGCCUUCUUUCAGGACUCAUUCAUGGAUUUUCAUGCUAUCUUCCAUUAUGGGAUACUGACCAUUAUGUUGAUACCAAUCCUACUGAACAACUCAAGGUGGAAACUGCAUAUGCAUCAGAAAGGGUGGAGGGCAAGGGUUAUGGGAACUUCCUGGAAUUUCAUAGAAACUGGUCUGUGUAUUCAGAGAUAGAUGUCUUUGUUAAAGCAUUCUUUACGCUCACCAUAUGUUUAAGAUGAUCUGUGAACCAAAAGGUAAUUAUGAACAAUUAAAGUAGAAGAGGAUCAUCUCUA